AUGGACGUCGAGCAAUUGAUCGAGGAAGAGAUGCUGGAUUUGUUCUUCUGUGGGACGACUACUUCAAAGCAAUGUAGGAUGUCCCGUGAUUUGUUCAACCGCAUAGCUGAUGGUAUACUUGAGCAUGACUAUGAUGGUUAUUUUACGCAAAAAAGAAGUGCUUCUGGAGCUCUUGGGUUACAUCCUCUGCAAAAGAUGACCGCGGCAAUGCGGAUGCCAACAUAUAGAAUAGCUGCUGAUGGUGCUGAUGAGUACAUCCGGUCCGCUGAGGCUACUAAUUUAGAGUCUUGCAAGAAAUUUGUGAUCAAAGUUUGUGAAGUAUUUGGGGAAAGCCCCAGACCACAGACCACAGAGCACAAUCGUGAUAUCCAAACCGCACCCGUCGCCUCCCCAAUGUCCACGGCCAAAUCACCAAGGGCCAAGCCGGCCUCCCCGUCCACGGCGAGCGCCGGCCCUGGACCGCACCCCGCCCCCUCCUCCGCCGCGCCCCCCCCUCCUCCGUCGCGCCGCCCCUCCUCCGUCGCGCCGCCUUUCCCUUUCUCCAGCGCGACCGCUGCCGGCCCCUCGACCGCACCCGCCGCCCUCCUCUGUCGCGCCGCCGAGCCGCAGCACCUCUCUCCAGGUCGCGCCGCCGAGCGGCAGCACGUCUCUCCGCGCCCUCCCAUCUACAUGGCGCGCGCCGCCGCCGCCGCAUCUGGCGAGCCUUCCGGCCACCCCGCGACUCCCCGCACCUCCCCCAGGCAAGAUUAUGCCAACAAAGGAGCCCAGACGGCGGCAGUCGAGGUAGAUCCACGCGCGCUGUCCUUUGCGAGCCUCAACGUCAACCAGGAGGGCCAACUGGGCGUGCCGCCAGGCCCUCCCUCUCCUUAG